CCACUGUUUAUUGUUGUUGUUGAGGCACGUUGUAUUAUUCAGAAGAAAUAUUUUAUUUUUAUAAAAAUGUCAACGGUGGGCACUGCGAAGAAUGCCAGCGUGGCCGAGGUUCGUCCGGAGGCGAUUUUCCGGGAAAUAAAUGCCGAUCAGACGGAGGAAGUUGUCGAGAUUGAGUCGGCCUGCAUGAGCUGCUUUAAGAAUGGCAUCACCCGAGUACUGCCCACCAAAAUUCCCUUCUUUCGCGAGGUGGUGAUCAUGUCCUUUAAAUGCGACAGUUGCGGCUACUCGAACAAUGAGAUGCAGUCCGCAUCCGAGAUCCAAAAGUCGGGCAUACGCAUCGAGCUGGAGGCAAAGACGGCAGCCGAUCUUAAUCGCCGGGUGGUGCGGUCGGACAACUCCAGUAUCAAAAUACCUGAGGUGGAUCUGGAGAUUCCAGUGCAAUCGCAGAAGGGUGAGGUGACCACGGUGGAGGGGAUCAUCGAGCGCACCAUUGCCGGAUUGUCGCAGGACCAGGAGAAGCGCCGCAUCGACCAUCCCACCGAGGCAGCAUCUAUUGAUAACUACAUCGACCGACUAAAGCAGCUCAAGGAAAUGAAGAAACCCUUUCGACUGCUGCUGGAGGACAUUUCCGGUAACAGCUUCAUUGAGAACAUUGUGGCACCAGCCACAGAUCCACAGCUAAAGACAGCGUUCUUCACUCGGUCCAAGCAGCAAAACGAACAACUGGGUCUUUACGAGCAAAAUCACGAUGAUCAUCUGCUGCAGCCCAUCGCCGAGGACGAGUGGCCCAUCGAUAAUCUGCAGGGCGAAGUUCUGCAGUUUGCCACUAACUGUCCCAACUGCCAGGCGCCGUGCGAGACGAACAUGAAGCUGACUGAGAUACCCCACUUCAAGGAAGUGGUCAUCAUGGCCACGGUUUGCGGCAGCUGCGGCCACAAGACGAACGAGGUGAAGUCGGGAGGCGGUGUCGAGAAGCAAGGUGUGCGCUUCAAGGUUAGCAUUUCCUCAAAGGACGAUCUCUCGCGAGAUGUGCUCAAGUCCGAGACGUGCAGUCUUUCGAUACCCGAACUUGAUCUGGAGGUGGGACCCCAUGCCCUCUGUGGACGCUUCACCACCAUCGAGGGUCUACUGGUGGCCAUGCGCGACCAGUUGGACGGCACGUUCUUCCAUGACUCGGCCGAUGACAAAACAAAAUCGAAAAUGGAUACAUUUCUUGAGACAUUCGAUGCCGUCAUGAAACUGGAAAAGGUCCUCACAUUGGUGCUGGAGGAUCCGGCUGGCAAUACCUAUGUACAAUCGCUGAGCGAUGAUGAUACAGAGGCGGAUGACAAACUAAUUGUGGAGAGAUAUGAUCGCUCCUUCGACGACAAUGAGCAGUUGGGUCUUAACGAUAUGAAGACCGAAAACUAUGAGCAGGAUGCGUGAUAACCGAUGUCGUGACGUUGCCCUACUUGUAAACUAGGCAUUUAUCUUAAAUCAAAUACAAAUUAACUCUAUUCAAGGCCA